UAAUACGUAAGCUGACGUGUAGACUGUUGUAUUUUUAGCGAUAAAAAGCUUUGUCAUCAAUUUGAGAGGCAUGAAAUGAGGUAGUGUCAAGGCCUCUCCUCGAAAACACAUAAGCCAAGCAAUAUACAAACAAUGGUCAGGUGACAUGGUCAGGUGACACAGUCAGGUGACAUGCCUUCUCAGAAUCGUAGCCAAUCAAGGCAGCCCUCCGGUGUGAUGAGAUCGUUGCCAAGGACACGCGUCUGCCUCGUGCUGGUGUGCUGUUGUGUUGCCAUCAUCCUAUGGCUGACGCUUGAACAAGGCAGGACUCCAAGCAACGAGAAUCCGGAGGCGAGAUGGUUCCAUGCCAAGAUCAUCCCCGAUGUUGAGACCAAUGCUCAAGCUCAUCACUCCGGUGGAGUUCAGCAUCACCCCGGUGGAGUCUUGGUGAUGCAGGAUGGAGAGGAGGAGGGGAAGGGAAAACAUUACCCUGGACACGGGGUGGGAGGGGACGGAAGAGGAAAGAAAACAGGUGAUUCCAAGCCAAAUAAGUCCAAGAAGAAGAACAAAGAAAAAACGAAAUACGAGGAGGUAGAGGUAAAGGAUCUCGGAAUGAAAGAGGAGGAGGCAGAGCGAUGGAUCAAGGAGAAUAUCAAAACAGGAUAUUGUAAUCCACCAGAUAGAGAGAUAACUGGAGAAGAAGGUAAAUUCAAGCCAGGGUUCAACUUGAAAGCUGCUUACGUGGUAGCUCGCCAUGGCGACAGGACACCGAUGCAAGAGUUCGCAGACAUUCCCAACAGCAACUGGCAUCCACAGUGGAACUGUGAUCUCAAACAGGCCUCCAAGACGAUCACCUCCGACACUCUCAAGCGAUUUGUCGAUCAAAUGCAGGCUGAAAUCAUCAAAGGCGAUAUGACAGGGGCAUUAGGUACCUUCAAGAACUUGCCGGUCAAUCAUAACGGCAUAUGUAAGAAAUCGCAACUCACGCCAAUCGGAUGGCUACAGCACUUGGAGCUGGGGACGUUCUUCAGGAAGGCCUACGGGAGAACUUUGGUCCAGAACCAGGAGUUGCUUCGGGAUGUCAGUAAUUUUCAAAGCACCAUGAACUUGCGGACGCAGCAGAGCGCAUUUGCUUUCAUGUAUGGUUUCUUUGAGAAAGCCACCUUGAACGAUACGAUACGGAUUAAGACGGUACCGAACGUCAACUUCUGCCCGUUGGAUAUGUGCGCCUGUCCGGCUUUGGACCACUUGAUCAAGGACAAGGAAGCGCAGCACGCCAAGCUGAUGCGAGGCAACCCCAAGUUCAUGAAUGUGAUGAGAAGUGUAGCGCAAACCCUUUACGGGACGACGCUGAUAACGACACUACCAGGGAUCAACCAGGUAGCAGAGAUUCUUACGACACUGGUCUGCCACAACAUGCCAUAUCCUUACGGAUCAUCGGGUACCAUUACUCCCAUACAGCAUGCCGUCUACCAUAAACUCCUGGAGGAAACGUGGGUUUCACAGUCCCACGUCAAGGAUGGCACGUACGAGAAGGUCGGGCGGAUGUUCAUCCAACCGCUGCUCACCGACAUGCUCCGAACCAUGUACAAGAUCACCCAAGGUGUCAGCAAGCCCCGUUUCGUCUUCAACUCGGGUCACGACAUCACGAUACGACCUAUUGUCGAUGGUCUCAAGCUCUCCAGUCCAGGCUGGCCACACUACGCAUCCCGGGUUGUCUUUGAGCUGUGGGGGAGAGCAACGUCGAAGGAACAUUUCCUUCGCGUCUUGGCAUACGGCAAGGAUCAAACAGACAAGGUUCAAUUCUGUAAGGGUAAAAUGACGGCAGACGGCCUUUGUCCGUUCUCAGCGCUUGUGUCCUUCGUAGAGAAAGAGAACAUGGAAUAUUUCUAUUCAGAAUCUUAUCGAGAUGCUUGUACCAGAACUUACUGAACCAAACUAGCGAAAGGAACCAACCGUACAACCCUUUAUGUCACAGACUAUUUCUUUUCAGAAUCAUUUCAAGAUGCUUGUAUGAGAAGUUACUGACCAAAGUGACCAUAAAAUCAACUUCUCAGGCCCUGUUUCAUUUUACCGGAUAAAGAACAUGGCAUACAUGUAUUUCUAUUUCUAGAAUGCUUUGGAGAAACAUGUACUAGAACUUUUUGACCAAACCAGCAAUAAAAAAAACUUUAUAGUCCAUUUUUAAUUGGAGAGACAGAGAACAUCGGAGUAUUUCGAUUCAUAGUCAUUUCAAGAAAUAGUACUCAAACUUACAAACCUUCUUACCUGAGGACAGAGUCCUGGGGGGUGUUGACAAAGAUCCUAAGUCGAACUUAACUCUAAGAUGGAUUUAAAAAUUACAAAGCUGAUAGCCACAUCUUUGAAACUAUUUUGUAAAAGUUAUUUUGAAAGACAUAAAAUGUUGAUUCCAAUGAUUUGUAUUUCUAUUAUGGAGGAGAUUUCUUGCUCUUAAUGUGGAAUUUAUAAAGAGUAUAAAGUACUUAAAUUUCCGCUUUUGAAUAUACUUCAUUUUAGGCUACAAAUGGGUCUCCAUAAUAUUUAAGUCAAACUUAGAGGAUCGACUUACAAUCUUUGUGAAACACCCCCUGGACUUUACAAACAUAUGGAGUAAGGUUUAAAAACAAAUUUUAUUUGUUCCCAGGAUUCAUCAAAAUGAUAAGAAAUUUGGCCCAGUUUUGGUAAAGUUACAUGCAUGUACACAGAA